AUGGUAGAAGUUGAUGGAAAUUCCGGGACAGAGCAAGGAAGUGGCUUGAAGAAGACAAAACGAAGCCCAAUGUGUAAAUCGACAUCAGUUGAAGAAUUCCUCAAAGAAAAUGGGGAAAAUAGUGAAGAAGAUGAAUGUGAGAAUCUUGAGGAAGAAGAAAAUAUGAUGGGUGAAGAAGAAAACACUCAGCAAAAUGGAAGUAAACAAACUGAAGCGGCAAGUAAGAAAAGGACACGUGGACCAACUAAAUGUUUGAAAAUCCAUGCUAGAAAGAGUGCGGAUCGUGAAGAGGUGGUCUUAGACGAUGAUGGAGAACCUAUUGGACCCAAUGAUCGAACCGUGACAGAUUUGAGUUGUUUCCUUGGCACUGUCGCAAGGAAUUCAGACUUGUGUCCCUUAGUUUAUACUAACUUCAAAGCUUUGAAGAAAGCAAACAAGGACCGUAUAUGGGAAUUUGUCAUUGAUAAAUUCAUUAUCCCUGAAAAUGGAAGUAGAGCGGUUUUCUCUCGCAUUAAUGAUGCUUGGAGGCGUUUCAAGAAAGAUCUCAAAAAGAGUUGUUUUUUAAAGUACACUACUAUGAGUGAAAGAUUGAAGCAUCGUCGCCAGACCGUACCUGAAGUUCAUUUCAAGCAAUUGAUAUCCUAUUGGAAGAACAAUAACAUCCAAAAAAUUAGCAAAAUCAAUGCUGUGAACAGAGCUAAGCAAAAGUAUAUGCAUCGGAUGGGCCCAACAAACUUUGCGAGGAUUCGUGCAAAACUGCGUGCUAAGAAAGAGGACGGAAAGGAAGUUAGCCAGGCAGAGAUGUUCAUUGAGACUCGACAAAGUCGAAAAGGAAAAUAG